AUGUCGACCCUACAUGCAUUCUAUCCCUCUAUUGAGGAGUAUUCCCCACAUGCCAUCAAAGACGUGACGCUCACGAAAACACCCCGAAAUUCGACUCCAUUUAUACUAUCACUUCCGAUACAAGAUUCAAUGACGUUGGUCAAAAUAUACGAAGGAUGCAUGAAGCCACUUUAUACAAUGAAUAUAGUUCUUUUGGAUAAGCUUCAUAAUCGCUCUAAUUAUUCAUUGUUGCUAGUUAACCUCAGUAAGAAGUUUAUAUCAUGUUUCGACGAACUCAAUGAUAUAAAGAAAUUUAUUAAUAUCAGUAGGGUGGAAGGUGCAACAAGUUUAAUGAGCACGAACUGUUUCGUGAGAUCUAUUCUUUCGGAUUUUGACUCCCAUUUUGGCUCACUACUACAGGAAAUAGACUCUGUUAAUUCGAGGAUUUUUGAACAUGCUUCUUAUUGGGGGAUACAAAGCAUUGCCUCCAUAUACAGCCAAAUUAUAACAAAAGAGCCCGAAGGUGAGAUAUCAGUUCCAAAGGAUCUUCCAACUCUUGAGAAUUUUCAUAGCAGUGUUCUAAUAGAAUCUGAAAGUUUUAGAAUCUACAAGAAACUUAAUGGACAUUUUGACCCUAGGGCGAUUGUGGUAGAAGAUUUAAUGAAUUUCAGGGAAGGUAUUUCAAAAACACUGCAUAAAGAAGCAUUUUCAAAUAAUCCAACUUUGACGAAAAGCCAAUCAAUUUCCACUGAGGACAACCUAAAGAUUGUCAACUCACAAUCUUUUAAAAAAUUUAACGCCAAUAGGUUACAGUUAUUGGGGCUACUAAACAAGAAGAUAUUUUAA